UGAAGGGGAUGCAGUAGUCAGUAGACCGUAGCACCAAUAAAUAAACGUAUAAUAUAUUGCACAUGGAUCUAUAUAUAAGUAGGCAUUGCCAUUGUGUAGAGCUGUAAAAUAUACAGGUCACGAGGACCACAACAAUGCAAUUCCGUUUGCUACUUCUUCUCACACUGUGGCUUUUAGGCCAUCAUGCUAUCUUAACAAGCGGGUGCUUCGAGAUGGAAAGGGCGGCACUCCUUACUUUCAAAGCCGGUAUUAUCGAUACAAGCAACUGCUUGUCUUCGUGGACCGGCCGAGAUUGUUGUAGCUGGCAGGGAGUAGUCUGCGACAAUAACACCGGCCACGUUGUGAAGCUUAACCUUCAAAACAAGUAUCAGUACGAUUCCAAUUCAUCCGACUGUACCCUGCGCGGUGAGAUCAAUCCAUCUUUACUUGUUCUAAGUCAUUUAAUUCGCCUUGACCUUAGUGGCAACGAUUUUAAUGGAACCAACAUUCCGGAAUUCAUCGGUUCCUUGAAACGCUUGAAGCAUCUUGAUCUCUCUAAUUGUGGAUUCAGCGGUAAAGUACCUCAGCAACUUGGGAAUCUAUCUAAUAUUCGUUUUCUUGAUCUCUCUUGCUUCUACGAAACUUGUAUAUUUCCAUAUAGAGUUGACGGCCUAUCAUGGCUUUCUCAUUUAUCUUCUCUUAGGUAUCUUGCGUUGAUGUCAUUGGAUCUAUCCAGCGCUGCAAAUUGGUUGCAAGAAGUUAAUAAGUUAAAAUACCUAAAGGAGCUGCGUUUCUCAUAUUGUGGUCUGAGUAAUAUCCCAAACUCUCUUUCUCAUGUCAACUUCACAAAUCUAGAAGUUCUUGAUAUUGGUCGUAAUGGCCCCUUCAAUACCACCCUACCAACUUGGCUGUGGGAUCUUACUAAGCUUUCUUAUCUUGAUCUGGGAAAUUCUGGAUUUCAUGGGAAGAUCCCAGACUCACUUGGAAACUUAAUUUCUUUGAAGACCCUAUAUUUACAAUCUAAUGAUUUUGAAGGUAGUAUACCUACAUCGAUUCAAAAUCUGUGCAACUUAGUAUUUGUAGACUUGAGUUCUGUUGGCAUUGGCGGAGAUAUUGCAGAGUUAGCAGGGAAGUAUUGCCCCUGGAAGAAUAUGGAGACACUAAUGUUAGGAAAUAACAAGCUUCAUGGGAGUUUAUUUGGAUGGCUAGAGGAGAUGAAGAAUCUAAGCUAUCUUGAUCUCAGCAAUAAUUCACUAGCAGGGCCUGUUCCUACUGGAAUUGGCAGACUCUCAAAUUUGCAAAUUUUGGAACUCUCUUAUAAUUCCUUGCAAGGUGUCAUAUCUGAAGCUCAUUUUGCCAAUCUAUCAAAGUUGAAAACCUUGAGCCUAGGCUCAAAUUCUUUAAUCAUUGACGUGGAUCAAAAUUGGACUCCUCCAUUUCAACUUUCGGAGAUUAGUUUAGGUUCUUGUCGAUUUUCGCAGCCUCAAUUUCCAGCAUGGCUUCGAUGGCAAAUGCAAACUAUCUUUCUAGAUCUGUCCAACACGGGGAUCAGAGACACCGUGCCUGAAUGGUUUUGGAAUUUGCCAUUUUUUAACGUGGAUCUCUCUCAUAAUCAGAUUAGAGGCAAGUUGCCCAUGACCCUGCAAUUUACAAACAUGGCCACUCUUAUUUUGAGGUCUAACAGACUUGAAGGCCCAAUUUCUUCUUUGCCAACCACGCUUGUAGCAUUAGAUCUCUCAGAAAAUUCUAUAUCAGGACCCCUCUCACCAACCUUGAAUAUGUCGCGGUUAAGUUAUUUAUUAUUGUCAAGCAAUCAGAUCAAUGGUAGUAUCCCAUCUUAUAUAUGUAAAUUAAAAUUUCUAAAAGUUCUUGAUCUAUCAAACAACUCUUUGUCAGGAGAACUCCCUCAAUGCUGGAAGAAUUCAUUCCUUUUAGUCUUGGAUUUGUCGAACAACAAUCUUGCUGAUGAAAUUCCUUCUUCAAUUGGUUCACUGAGCUCACUCACAUUAUUGCACCUCAACAAUAACAACUUCUAUGGAGAACUUCCUUUGGAAUUGCAACAUUGCAAUAAUUUGCUGUUCCUUGACGUUAGCAAUAAUAAAUUCACAGGGGAAAUCCCAAGAUGGAUAGGUGAAAACUUGCAGGAUCUAGUAAUAUUGCAAUUGAGGUCAAAUAUGUUUGUGGGUGAAAUUCCUUCAGAACUUGGACGACUCGCUUACCUCCAAUUCUUGGAUCUUGCGCAUAACAAUUUGACAGGAUCAAUACCACGCUCUUUUGGUAACUUUAGCGCUAUGACCUAUGAUGCAAUUCACAAUUAUGAUGGAAAUGGAUAUACCGUUGACGAGAGCAACUUUACAUCUUUUGACUACAGUAAUAACUUGCUUGUGGUAAUACAUGGAGACGAGUAUCAAUAUUCUACCACCAUUUAUCUUCUCAAGAUUCUGGACCUCUCGGAAAACAAUCUAAGUGGUCAAAUUCCAGAAGAGAUAGUUGCACUUGUGUUAUUGCGUAGUUUGAAUUUAUCAGGAAAUCAUCUAACUGGAAUGAUUCCGGAAAGGUUAGGUGACAUGCGCUCCUUGGAAUCGCUUGACCUCUCCCUAAAUGAGCUUCAAGGAAAUCAAUUGAGCACACUCGAUAACCCUUCAAUUUAUAUUGGCAACACUUACCUUUGUGGACCUCCGACGGGAAAGAAUUGUUCUGAAAAUGAAACAAUACCUAAUAUUGCUGGAGAUGACUACGAUGGUUCUGAGUCAACAUGGCUAUAUGUCGGCAUGGGAUUAGGGUUUGUCGCUGGAUUCUGGGGCGUUUGCGGUAUCCUAAUAUUCAAGGAGUCCUGGAGUAGCGCCUAUUUUCAAAUGAUUGACAGGCUAUACAACAAAAUAUAUGUGAUAAUAGCAAUAAGUAUGAGAAGGUUGAAUAGAAAAAUGGGCGGAUGAAGUCCAUUUUCUAUAAUAUAUCUUUAUGUAUGGUGUGUUUCUUUUUUUCUUUUGCAUGGUAUUUGUUAUUGUAAGUUCACAACAUUCUCCUAUGUGUAAUGUUGGCUUAAUAAUAAUGUCUACUUCCUGUGAAA